AUGCUGCGACGGAACCUUUGCAACCCGAAGUUCCCAUUCUUGGCCUCCUUCAGACGCUCGAUGCACACACAGCCCCUUCAAAAACAGCACGCGCUCCCCGCAGCUUAUUACCGAGGCGGCACCUCGCGAGCCGUCUUCUUCAAGCAAGAAGAUCUGCCUGCCAAUCGCGCCGACUGGGCUCCCAUUCUCCGCGGGGUGAUUGGCAGCCCCGACCCCUAUGGCCGACAGCUGGAUGGCCUCGGCGGAGGCAUCAGUAGCUUGUCCAAGGUGUGCGUAGUGGGCCCAUCGACGCACCCGGACGCUGACGUCGACUAUACCUUUGUCUCGCUGGGGAUCAAAAAUAGCGAUGUCGACUAUUCUAGCAACUGCGGCAACAUGAGCAGUGCCGUCGGUCCCUUUGCCGUUGAUUAUCGGCUCUUUGCGUUGCCAGAUAAUAACCUCGACUCAGUAUCGGUGCGCAUCCGUAACACCAAUUCGGGCAAGAUCAUCCAUUCCUCGUUUCCGGUUGUCGAUGGCGAAGCGGCUUCUAGUGGUGAUUUUGCCAUAGAUGGAGUCGCUGGUACCGCUGCUCGCGUGCAGCUCGAUUUUAUUGACCCAGCCGGCUCGGCGACAGGAACAUUGUUACCUACCGGCAGUGUGACGGACGUCUUUGACGGCGUCACAGCGACAUGUAUCGACGCCGCCAACCCCUGCGUCUUUGUCCGAGCGAAAGACCUCGAUGUGGACGGAAACCUUACUCCAGACGACAUCUCAGCACACCCAACUCUCCUGUCCCGGUUAGAUUCUAUCCGCCGUCAGGCUGGGGUGAAAAUGGGUCUAGCAGAGACACCCACCGCGGUUCCCGGCAGCAUCCCUAAGAUCAGUCUCGUCUCGUUUCCUUCACAGGCCAGUGCCUCAAAAGAGCUAAAUCAGACACCUGCGAAGGUCGAUCUCCUCGUCCGAGCUCUCUCCGUGGGCCAGCCGCACAAGGCAGUACCCAUCACCGUCGCCUUGGCGCUGGCCGCUGCGGCGCGGGUGGAGGGGAGUACGGUGGCGGAUGUUAUUGCGGGCAAGAAACCCGUAGAUGGAGCGGGGAUCACGAUCGGUCAUGCCAGUGGUAACCUGCUGGUUGGCGCUGAGUUCAAGGCAGAUGGCGGGUUGGCGUCUGCGACAGUGUUUCGCACCGCGCGCAGGCUUUUUGAGGGACGGAUCUUUUGGAAACCAUGA